AUGAACUCUCUUCAAAUUACAUCACCUGUAAUGUCAGAUAAAAUCAUACCUACGUCGAAAGCAAUUGCUUCCUUCAAUCAUUCUUGUUCCAUGGGAUGUAGUAUAACUACUGUAUCACACGCAUGCCGGGGUACCACAGGGUGCCACAUGGGUCCGGAUUGGGACGAAAAGUUUGGAAUAUGUUACAAAUCGGACUGCAGGUCCGAAAGCUGUUCAUCUUGUGAAGAUAUGGAAGGUGACAGCAAAUCUCAAUCUGCAGAAAGACUGUUGGAAAGUGCAGGGACCGACAGGGAUCAGCACAGUGGACCAAUGUCUCACACAUCGUUUUCUGUCGACGAUAUACUCGAUCCGAAGAAAUUUACUGGUUCUACGCGUGUCAAGAGCACAUGGCAUCCCUGGCAGGGCACAGGUGAUCACGACAGAGAUGACCACACCAAAGAUUCACAUAGCAGCGAUUCGACAAACGACGAAACGGAAUUGGAGAGACAAAAAUGCGAAUGUCUACCCUCCUCAGACGAUAACGGACGAAACGAUCCUAUGACAGAAAGAGAAACCUCAAAAGGUAGCAGUAAAAAGAAAAAAUCAAUGGGUGAUCACAAAACAGGAAAGCCAAGACGUGCAAGAACAGCUUUUACAUACGAACAAUUAGUGGCACUAGAAAAUAAAUUCAAGACUACAAGAUAUUUAUCAGUUUGCGAGAGACUUAAUUUGGCAUUGUCGUUAAGAUUAACGGAAACACAAGUCAAAAUAUGGUUCCAAAAUAGGAGGACAAAAUGGAAGAAACAAAAUCCCGGUAUGGAUGCUAACAGUCCAACUAUACCUCCUACACAACCGGCUGCAUUACAGUCUUCAUAUCCAUCAAAUCCACCCUAUACUGCAGCAGGUUUGUUAUACGGGACUCAAAUACCUUAUUUACCAACAGCAACUGCGUUAAGUUAUCCUAUUUUAUCACCACCUCAACACUUUGCAACCACUCAUCCGUACCUUUCUCAUUUGGCACAUACGUGAACAAUUUUUAGUGUGCAAUUACGUAAAAAUUUAACAUUGUGUUAUGUAUAUAGUUUAAAAAAAACCUCAUUAAGAAAGGCCUAUUGUCUAGGUCAAGAAUUAGACUAUAUAUCGAUGUCUUCGAUUAUUAAAACACAAUAAAAAGCAAAAAAAAAACAAAAAAAAGUUUAUUAACUCGUGUCGCCGAGAUUUAAUCCAAAAAA